AUGGGUGUGGAGAUUGCAUUGGAUUAUAAGGUGGAGAUUAAUGGUGAGUCUAACUAUCUUAUAACUGCUGAUAAGAUUCACAGAGGAAUAAGGAGUGUGUUGGAUAAGGAUGAAGAGGUAAAGAAAAAAGUGAAAGAAAUAAGGAAAAAAUGUAAAAAGACUUUGUUAGAGGGUGGAUCUUCCUACAUUUAUUUAGGUAGUUUGAUUGAUUAUAUUGUGAAUCAAGUAUCAGAUUAA